AUGUCAGCGUCUCAAUGGAUGAACAAGGCAACAUCUGCAACAAGACGAGCACUUUGUACACUUCUUGUCGGUCUGGUUGUCUCCAUGUAUGGGUUAUACAUUGAAAUUGCCCACGAAUUCGACUUCGAGUACACAGCAAUGUGCGAUGUUUCACCACUGGUUUCUUGCACCAGAGUACUGACUUCCAAGUAUGGUAUGGGCUUUGGCAUUAUAGGACCAUUGCUCGGGGAGGAAAGCGCUCUCAAUCAGAGAAACGCCUUCUACGGGGUGAUUGGAUAUACACUAUUGUCGCUUAUACAGCUUUCGCAUACCCAGUGCUCUGCGAGUAUCUCAUUUUAUGCGGGGAUUAUGAUGAACAUCAUGUCUCUAUACCUAAUUACAGUUCUCAUCCGACUGCGAGCAGUCUGCCUUGUAUGUGUCACGAUCUAUACCGUGAAUGCACUGUUUCUCUAUUUCACUAUCAAACGACGUCAAGCACUUGCAGAAGUUGCCAACAUAAACAAUAACAAGAAACGGAAGUAA